ACAAUGUGACCCUCUGAAACCUCUCUGCUCUCUCUCUCGCUCUCGCUCUCUCUCUCUCUAUGCCUCUCUGAAAUUUUCUCUUUCUUCUCUGCUAGUGCACGUCUCCAUGAUUAAAUUUUUUCUCGAAAGCAACAGAACACAACCAAAGUACCAAACCUCAUAUAUGUAUGUAUAAAGUUGUUUUUUAAAACAAAAUCGAUGUUGUCUCUCUGAUUUUUUUUAUUGCUUUGUUUUUUAUUUUAAAUUUUUGAAAGAAACACGAACUUCCAACAAAUCCAUGUCUUCAAUCUCUGUUUCUUAAUCUCUACUUCAACUGCGAAAGCCCCAUCUCAACAACUACACUCACAGACACCAACCUUCGAAUAGAUCCUCCCACCAAUCUCUCUGGUGGUGGGGGUUUAAGAGAGAGAGACAAAGAUGGUGGAGUUGAAGAGACCAACCAGGAACAGAGGCUUCUAUGUCAAAAUGAGAUUUUUACAGUGCAAACAUGGAAGACAACAAGAGAUCAGAACGCUUUGUUACAGAUUUCUUUGGUUCUCUCUUUCUUUCUACUUCUUUGCCUCUUUCCUCAUCACCCACAAACCCACCACCUCUCUCUCCAAAACAACCGUUUCUCUCUCUAACCCCAUCCUAGCCUCCCGUGCUCUCUUCGAAUCCAUAAACACCACCUCUCUCCAACAGUCCAGAACCCAUCAAGGUCCAUUCAACAACUUAAAAGUGUACAUAUACGAUUUGCCAUCGAAAUACAAUCGUGAUUGGCUAUCAAACGAGCGUUGUAGCACCCAUUUGUUCGCUUCCGAGGUGGCCAUACACAGAGCUAUGUUAAACAGCGAUGUACGGACGAUGAACCCCAAUGAGGCUGACUUCUUCUUCGUCCCUGUUUAUGUGUCCUGCAACUUUAGCACCGUUAAUGGCUUCCCUGCUAUAGGUCACGCACGGAGUCUUUUAGCAUCGGCGGUGCAGCUUAUCUCGGCGGAGCUUCCCUUUUGGAAUCGAAGUCAAGGGUUUGACCACGUCUUCGUUGCAUCUCACGAUUACGGAGCUUGCUUUCAUGCCAUGGAGGAUGUUGCUGUGGCUGAUGGGAUACCGGAGUUUUUGAAGAAUUCGAUUAUAUUGCAAACAUUUGGUGUUAAAUAUCAUCACCCAUGUCAAGACGUCGAAAAUGUAGUAAUACCACCUUAUAUCCCACCGGAAAGUGUACGGUCUACCCUAGAUAAGUCGCCGGUGAGUAGCCGGCGGGACAUAUUUGCUUUCUUCAGGGGCAAAAUGGAAGUACAUCCCAAGAAUAUCAGUGGACGUUUUUACAGCAAGCGUGUACGGACGAAGAUAUUGCAGAAGUAUGGUGGCGACCGGAGGUUUUACCUAAAGAGGCAUAGGUUCGCCGGAUAUCAGUCGGAGAUUGUUCGGUCAGUGUUUUGUUUGUGCCCAUUGGGGUGGGCCCCAUGGAGUCCGAGAUUGGUUGAGUCUGUUGUUUUAGGUUGCGUGCCGGUCAUCAUAGCCGAUGGCAUCCGGUUGCCUUUCUCCUCUGCCGUCAGUUGGCCGGAGAUAUCCCUCACGGUGGCUGAGAAUGACGUGGACAAGUUGGGACCCAUUUUAGAACAGGUGGCAGCCACGAACCUCACAGCCAUACAGAGGAACCUGUGGGACCCUGAUGUUAGGAGGGCUCUACUCUUCCACGAUCAAAUGCGAGAAGGUGACGCCACGUGGCAGGUACUUGGUGCACUCGCGGAGAAGCUGAACAGGUCCCACAGGAAGUCCAGAGAUUCUAGCGAAUAGAGGUUCACAACGUGGCGGGCGCUGAUUGGAUUAAUGGGAAUGGAGCACUAUUGUCGAGGUGUUUUUUGCGUAGGGACAGCUGGCAUAGAUGGGACGUGUCACGGGUCAGAGAUUGGGAAUUAAUAUUGUGUACGACGGGGUAUGGUUCUUUAUGGCUGAGGUGGGACCUAGAAGAGCAGAGAUUUUGUAAGCUGCGUGAGGGGGCUCUUGCUGGGUUGGAGGUUGUGAUUGGUUCAUUGUGCGGUUUUGUGGGACAUAAGGAUGAUCUGGUUGUAUAUAUAAAGAUAGAGGAAUAUUUUUUUGGGUGAAUUAAGAUGAGUUUGGGGUUUGGAAUGUGAUGGAGGGCCCAGAUUCCCUGAAUAUAUUCUCUGGGUGUGGUCCAUAUGUGUGCCUGUGCCAUGCUGUACAUUGGCUUUCUUUUUGUUCAACACCAAAAUUGAUAGAUAAUAGGGUUAUACUUAUAUGUUAGUAUUAUAUAUCUUUGUCCAAUCAUAACAUAACUUAAAUUUAUCGAUCUAUAAUAUAAAACAGGUCGAUUUCAACAUAUAAUGAUCUCAAAUCAAUUCAUCAAACGGCCUAAAAUCAUUCACAAUAUCAUCAUUUCCCCCUCUCCCCCAAAAAAAUCAUCUCAUCCAAUCCAACCCAACUAACCCAACCCACAGCAACAACUUCCUGUAAACACAGUCAUUUCGCCAAAAUUAGUCUCCUCUCUCUCUCAGACGGCUCUCUCAGUCUCUUCUCCCGUUCACUUCCCCUAAAAUCUUAUAAGAAUAUAUGCUGACAGUAUCUUCUCUAUCAGGCGGUCAGUCACUUCCCCCAAAAUCAUGCUAGUUUCUUCUCUCUCAGAUUGUCACUUCCACGCAAACACCCUUCCUCCCCAUCCCUCUUCUGCGCAAACACCAUCCUCUCUUUCUCGUGCGGGCCCAAUCCCAAUAGAUACGAUCCAUCACCUCUUCUUCUCCCCUCUUUGUUUGAUUUUGCUCUUUGUUUUCGUAUGUCUGUCUCUCUACCUCUAUUUGUUUGGUUUUGCUCAUGCCCACAAGUUGUUCGAUCAAAUGCCCCUGAGUAUGUUCGUGUCACAGUCAAGAACGUUGGUUCUUUCUCAUGCUUGAUUGAUCAGAAUUUAAGAAAUCUGUGUCGUUCGCAUUCUCCUUUAUGAUUCAAAGACUCAAUAAUUUCUUUGCUUCUGGUACUAAUGUCACAGUAGAACAGCUAGAAUGUUGGUGGAGCUUUUUUCAAAACAAUAUUACAAAACAGUUAUGAUUAUUAUCGAUUUUGCUAUGAUUUGUCGUUAUACAGGUGAAAUAUGAAGCACUUAUUAUCUGAGGUGAGCGUGAUAAUAUCAUAGUAAUAAGCUAGCAGCGGUCAGUUCUGAACUUUAGUCCUUCAGGGAGAGGGAAGGGGGAUUUGAAUCUUGAUCUCAAGAAGGCAAAACCUUCACAACGUAAGGAAUACCAUUGAAUCAAAGGCCCGUUGUUGUGUGAA